GUAGUUCAUUUGUGUUUUCCAUUUGGCUCAGUUUCGAUUUGCCAGUGACGAGCUCAGUUUAGUGUAUUUUACCAACGCUUAUGCUUUCUGUUGAAAUGGGACGUAUAAGGAAAUUCAAUUUGUACAAUUAUAUUUCCUACGAUGCGAAAAGAAAUGUAUCGGUGUGUUGUCUGUGUGGGAGAGCCCUUGCUGGAAAAAAAUUUAGCAAUAUAAAGCGUCAUUAUUUGGGCGUGCACGGGAAAAAAUUGCCUGGAUUACCAAACAACGAUUUGACAAGCGGCAGUAGUAAUGUCACUACAACAACAACAAGCGCCAGCACAACUAUAGUACACCAAGAGCCGAGUAACCGCUUUAAUUUAUCGAUGACUAAGAUCGAUUUUAUUACGUGCUGUGUCGGACUAGUGACCGUAGAAAAGUUGCCGUUCGGAAUUUUCGACGACGAAGAUUAUUUCAAAAAGCUUAUGUGCCCCUACGAAGAGUAUUUCAAAAUUAAAGUCGACUCGAAGAACAUAGCAGACGUAGUGAAUACUUUGGGCAGCAAAAGAAAGCAAAACAUAGCACAAGCAGUGCAUAAGAAAAUGAUAAGCUUAAAAUUUGACUUCGUCAGCCGUAUGGGGCAAAACAUACUCGUCGUACACAUCCAAUACAUGGCGGACUCAAAUCUAGUGACCUGCACGAUUGGCGUGAUUCCUUUGGAGCGCGAGUACACUUCGAGUUUCCUCUUUGAAGAAAUAAGUAACUGUUUGACCGAAUUCAAUAUUGAUACCGCUCAAGUGUAUGCGUGCGUAUCGGAUAAUGGCGCAAAUUUUAAGGAAGGCAUGAAUUCGAACGCUGAGCAAGCAGAAGAAUUGUGUCUGCUGGAUGAAGAGUCAAACAGUGAUGAUGAGUACUAUUUGGAGGUACACACUGCACUGGAAUGCGGCUUCGAAACGAUUCGCUGCUUUGUGCAUACAAUACAACUUGUUUCUCAAGAUGUUUCGGAGGCUAUAGAGCCACAAGUUGAUGAAUGCAGGCAGAUCAUAGAAUUUCUACGCAAAACGCACCCAAGUUUACGGAUUCCAAUGUUGGACUAUGACUCAAGCUGGAUUUCGACAUUCGAGAUGUUAAACAAUCUACAUAGUCUGAAAAGUUGUAUACAAGUUGAAAGUAUUACGGAUUCUGUGGUGCCGGAAGUGGACUGGCAGUUUCUGAGCACCUACCUGGAAGCAUUCAAGCCUCUGCGAAAUUUUUCGAGCAAGCUUCAGAGUGAGCAGUAUAUUGUUGGCGACUUCUAUAGAGAUUUGAUGUGCUGCGAAUUGGAAUUGGAUGAACUCAUGCAGAACGGUCAUUUCUAUGCGCAAUUGUUAACAGAGGCGUUGAAGAAUAGAAAAGAAGAACUCUUGAAGAGCGAAGCUUUUCUAGCAGCGCUUUAUGUGGAUCCCCGUUUAAAUUUUAUUGGCACGCCGUUUUUGACUGACGAUAAGAAACAGAUUGCAGUGGGUUUAUUUAGAAACAAAUCUUCAUAUCAUUCAUCUUCCACUAUGUACACUCGCCAGCUUGGCCGCAACGGAAACAAUUCGUCUUCGGAUCCGUCUUCAUCUCCAUCUUCGGCUUUGCUUCCACUCUGUCUGCAACCUAACAAAAGCGAUGACUUUCCCGUUCGAGUUUUAAAUUUUUCAUUACUUUAGUAACCAAAUGCUGGU